UUAAGUGCCUAAUUUUCAGAUCAGAAAUGUAUGAUCCAUAACUUUAUAAAAUUUUACCACAAAAAUGCGUAAAUAUCAACAGUUGGUGCUUAUUGUUGUAACUAUUAUAAGUGUAUUUUUAGUAGUAGUUUAUCGCAACGAAUAUCUUCGUCUAAGAUAUGUAUUAGAAGUAUUAAAUUUUUUCGGAACACCGCCUAAAAAAGAAGAUAUUUUAUCAUUAUCCAAACCACAUUUAUCAACAUGGAAUCCAGAGCCCGUUUGGCAAAAAUUAGAUGAUAAUUUUUAUGCAUACGCUGCACAUAAGACCGAAAAUAUCGGCGAAAUAAAAGUUCUUGCGAUUGGUGAUAAUAAAAUCGAAACUGUUAAGUUAACAUGUAAUUUAUGGUUUGAAGAUAACGAUAAACCAACGAUUGGUAAAUUUAGCUAUGUAAUACUAUCUCAAGGAAAAAUUUUUAAUAAUUACCUAUUUCUAUGUAAACAAAAGCAAUUGAAACAAGUGCCUUAUGCAAUAUCAUUUGCAAAUUCACCAAAAAUAUUUAUAAAAAAUAAAAACUCCUUAGAUAAAAUAUCACAAUUUACAGUUUGUGCUCUUCCAGCCUUGAAUAACUUUUAUGAUACACAAAGUAUAGUUGAUUUUAUAUCGCACAAUCAAGUUUUGGGUGCUGAUGAGUUUAUUUUUUAUAAUGAUUUCAUUUCUCCGAAAAUUCAAACAGCCUUACAUCGGACCUCAAUUGCAAUAAAUGCAAGUUUUACAUUCUUUCCAUGGAACAUUCCAAAUAAUAAAUAUGAAAAUAUGCAAGAAUUAAUAACAAGAGAUUGUUUGUAUCGUACAGCAGGUCGUUCAAAAUAUGUAAUGAUAAUAAAUUUGAACGAAUUCAUAAUACCAAAGUAUUCAUCAUCGUUAGUCACAAUCUUAAACACAUUAGAAAAUGUUAAAGAUGUGCAUCGAUUUACAAUAUACGUGAUAAAAUUUUGUAAAGCCUUGAUGCGUUUAAAAAAUAUUUUACUAAAUACAAGAUAUCUGCCAUAUACAGCUGGUGAAAUGGAUGAAUUUACUGUGUAUACAAAUAUUAAUAGUGAUGUACAUUCAGAAACGGUACAAACAAGAGUCGUUGAUAUGGAUACGGUUGUGUUAAAUCGUUAUAUUAAAUGUAAUGUAAAAGCGAUUACAUUACCCGAUAGUACAGCCAUGAAUUUUGCUGCACAUUUAAAUAAUGCAGAAUUAAAAAUUUUAUAUGAGACUGGUGGAUUUAUUUAA